AUGACUCAGCCGGGACCGACGUUGGCCGCCACAUGCGGUGGCGGCGCCUUCAUGCUUUUCAUGGGCUUGCUCGAGGUGUUUCUUAGAAGUCAGUGCGAUUUGGAAGAUCCUUGUGGGAGAGCUCAGUACCGCCGGAACAUGGACUCAGUAUAUGACUUCAUAGUAAUAGGUGGAGGAUCAGCGGGGUCUGUGAUUGCGUCCCGUCUCUCAGAAGUUCCGGAAUGGAGAGUGCUAUUAUUGGAAGCAGGUUUUGAUGAACCAACGGGAGCUCAGGUGCCGUCAAUGUUUCUUAACUUUAUUGGAUCGAGUAUUGACUGGGGUUAUCACACAGAGCCAGAGCCGGCCGCCUGUCUUGGGGAAAAGGAUAGAAAAUGUUACUGGCCAAGAGGAAAGGUGCUGGGUGGUACGUCAGUUAUGAACGGUAUGAUGUACAUUCGAGGUUCCCGCAAGGACUACGACGACUGGGCAGCCGCCGGCAAUGAAGGCUGGUCUUACGAAGAAGUCUUACCUUACUUCCUAAAAUCCGAAGAUAACAAACAGAUAGAGGAAAUGGACAAAGGUUACCAUGCUACCGGCGGACCACUGACGGUCUCACAGUUCCCGUACCACCCACCUUUAAGUUACAGUAUUAUUAAAGCUGGAGAGGAAUUAGGAUUCCAAGUAAGAGAUUUAAACGGUGAGCAUCACACUGGCUUUUCCAUUGCUCAAACGACAAAUCGCAACGGGUCUCGUCUCAGCGUCGCGCGCGCCUUCCUCAGACCGGUCAAACACCGUCCUAAUCUCCAUAUAAUGCUCAACGCCACGGUUACCAAGAUUCUCAUUAACCAAACAACAAGACAAGCUUACGCGGUUGAAGUGAGGAACAGCUUUGGUGGCACUGAAGUUAUAUUCGCAAAUAAUGAAAUUGUUUUAAGUGCGGGAGCAGUGGCAUCUCCUCAAAUCCUUCAGCACAGUGGUAUAGGCGACCCGGAGGUGCUAUCACGCGCGGGAGUGCGCCUCGUGCACAAGCUGCCCGCCGUCGGACGUAACCUGCACAACCACGUCGCCCACUUCCUAAACUUCCAUGUCAAUGACAAUAACACUGCCCCGCUCAACUGGGCCACUGCCAUGGAAUAUCUGCUAUUCAGAGAUGGAUUAAUGUCUGGAACUGGUAUUUCUGAAGUGACAGCAUUCAUCAAGACCAAAUAUGCAGACCCUAAUGAAGACAACCCAGAUAUCCAACUGUUCUUCUCGGGUUUCCUAGCGGACUGCGCCAAGACCGGCAUGGUGGGCGAGAAGCUGGGCGAUGGCUCUCGCAGCGUGCAGAUGUUCCCGGCGGUGCUGCACCCCAAGAGCAGGGGGCGGCUGGAAAUUGCUAGUGCUGAUCCAUUUGCCUACCCCAAGAUAUAUGCCAACUACCUCACACACGCGGAUGACGUAAAGACAUUAAUAGAAGGCAUUAAAUUUGCAAUCAAGCUAUCAGAGACGAAAGCUCUCAAAAAGUACGGCAUGAAGUUAGACAAGACGCCAGUGAAGGGAUGUGAAAAGCUCAAGUUCGGGUGUGACGCGUACUGGGAGUGCGCGGUGCGGAUGCAGACGGCGCCGGAGAACCACCAGGCCGGCUCUUGCAAGAUGGGCCCCAGGGGAGACCCCACUGCGGUCGUUGACAAUUUACUGCAGGUGCAAGGCAUCGACCGGCUGCGCGUGGCGGACGCGAGCGUGAUGCCGGCGGUGACGGCGGGCAACACCAACGCGCCCGUCGUCAUGAUCGGCGAGCGCGCCGCCGACUUCAUUAAGCGGCGCUGGCUGGCGGGCGGCACGGCCUCACCAUAUCAAGUGAACCAAGAGGAAGGAGUGUCCAACGUGCUGUCUGUGAGCGAGAGCCGCUACCCGGGCUGGCAGCUAUGGCGC